AGAAGAAGAAGAAAGACGCCCAUUUUGCUCACCCUUUCAAGUAAUCGAAUUGUGCUGAAAUAUCAACAGACAGAAGAGGACAAAGAGCUGCAAUGGACGGUGAUGUUGCAGUUGGUGUGAAGAGAGGCUCAGAUGAGCUCAGCAUGUACAGUAGCAGCCCGACCUCUAUGACUGCGAACGGCAGUGACAGUAAGAAACAGCGACUGGACGAAUCCCCUCCUUCCAGAGUUCUCCACAUCAGGAAACUUCCCAAUGAAGUGUCAGAGACUGAAGUCAUUGCCUUGGGACUGCCCUUCGGAAAGGUCACCAAUAUACUGAUGCUGAAGGGGAAAAACCAGGCGUUCCUUGAGUUGGGCACAGAAGAAGCAGCCAUUACUAUGGUGAACUGCUACACAGCUGUCACGCCACAGGUCAGAAACACUCCCGUCUUCAUCCAGUACUCCAACCAUAAGGAACUGAAAACAGACUCGGCUCUGAACCAGAGGGCCCAGGCAGUGUUGCAGGCGGUGUCAGCAGUUCAGGAUGGAAGCUCUCCAUCCUCAGACCCCGGAGUGUUGGACCUAGCUCCACCCCCCAGUCCUGUCCUGCGAAUUAUCAUCGACAACAUGUUUUAUCCUGUGACACUGGACGUUCUACAACAGAUCUUCAGUAAGUUUGGGACCGUGAUGAAGAUUAUAACCUUCACCAAGAACAACCAGUUUCAGGCUCUUCUGCAGUUCAGCGACCCAGUCAAUGCACAGCAAGCUAAACUGUCUUUGGAUGGACAGAACAUCUAUAAUUCAUGCUGUACUCUGCGGAUAGACUUCAGUAAACUGGUCAACCUCAACGUCAAAUACAACAACGACAAGAGUCGAGAUUACACCAGACCCGACCUUCCUACCGGAGAUGGGGAGUCGGCCAACAAGGAUCAUUCUCUAUUGGGUACCCCAUCCGGAGCGCUAGCUUCCUACUCUAGUGGAGGAGGGUACUCAUCUUCUCUCUCCCUCUCGCAGGGUGGAGGAGCCAUCAGUCCUCUCAGUGCUGCAGCAGCAGCAGCAGCAGCCGCUGGCCGCGUUGCUCUGUCUGGGUCCGGAGUGUCGGGAGUCCUGUUGGCAUCCAACCUGAAUGAAGAGAUGGUCACGCCUCAAAGUCUCUUUACCCUCUUCGGAGUCUAUGGUGACGUCCAGAGGGUGAAGAUCCUCUACAACAAAAAGGACAGUGCUCUGAUACAGCUGUCUGAUGGCAACCAGGCUCAGCUGGCAAUGAGCCACUUGAAUGGUCAAAAGGUGUUUGGUAAAGUGAUGAGAGUGACUCUGUCUAAACAUCAAACCGUGGCUUUGCCUAGAGAAGGAUUGGAUGACCAACUGCUAACUAAAGAUUUUUCUGGCUCACCACUCCAUCGCUUUAAGAAGCCGGGAUCCAAAAACUUCCAGAACAUCUUUCCUCCCUCAGCAACACUUCACCUCUCCAACGUCCGGGAUGGAGUGGGAGAGGAUGAUCUACGUCUUCUGUUCUCCAACAGUGGAGGAACCGUCAAGGCCUUCAAGUUCUUCCAGGAUCGUAAGAUGGCCCUGAUCCAGAUGACGUCGGUGGAGGAGGCGAUCCAGACUCUGAUGGAGCUUCACAACUACGACAUGGGAGGGAAUCACCACCUGAAAGUUUCCUUUUCAAAGUCCACAAUCUGACCCCCACACCUGACUCCUAAACCUUAAGAUCUAUGACGAGCGAGGAAUAAUUACCAUUUAUCGUCCUUUUCUGUUAACCUCCUCUGCGCUUUUCCCCGACCCUUUAAUUUAGCAGUACGAUAUUUUAUCGUUGAAAUGUGCUUCAAUGUCCAAAGCUUAAAACUCAACGUAACACAAGAAAUGUUCAAAUAAUUCAGUAAAAAUAUUGAGAAAAUCCCAGAUCCACGGAGCAAAUGUUGUUGAGCAGUAGAAGCAGCACAUCAUCAGACUUUUACCAUCUUAAAGAGCAACUAAACAAUGGCUGAAAAUGUGUUCUUUUGUUUAUCUCCCGUGGCUUAACUUCUCCCUGUGCAGCAUUGAUGGGGAAGUAAACGGUGACAUCACUGUUGGUCGGGUGUGGCUACAGGCGCACAACGUCGACCAGAGCCGGCUGUCACUCUUCAAAGCAGCGGAGGGUUUUUAAUUUAAUAUUUUAUCAUUUGAAAUAGCUGUUGUUUUUUUUUUGGUAUUGCCCUUUCCACCUGUCAAUAUGGUAGUAGUCUCUUUUUCCUUGGAUUUUCUGAUGAGGUCUGAUGAGGUCCUGUAAUUAGUGAUCUGUUAUUUCUCUAGACAUUGUGUUGCUACUUGAACCACCUACCAAUACUUUAGUGUUCGAUCCCCAAACUACCAUCUGUUGUCCGUACUCCCCGUUCUUUGUGGUAGUAACUCCCGACACAACGUCCCGUCAUGACGGACUCCAUCACCUCCACGUCGUCUUAACGUGCGACGACUCUUUCCUUUUCUGUGGCUAUCAGCUGCUAUCUUUUAAGCGUGCAGUUUCUGACACAAAUUCGACAUGUGCUAGUUAACUCCGCAAAAUGAUAAUUUGUGCACUCUUUUUUCAUUUGGUUUAUUCUCAUUUUAAAGAAAACAAAACAUUUUUCCCAAGCUACAAGCACGAGGUAGUAGAUGGGGCUGUUACUAACAAUCAAGUUAAAUGUAAACAUGACCAGUUUUACAUUACCAGCACCCACUUUUAUACUUUGUAAUCGUGUACGCCCCUACACAGCUAUUAGCUUGCAGAUUUGACCAUUUUGCUGCACUACACAGAAUCACUUUUAAUAGGGACUUCAGUACCCAGAUAUCCUCAAAGGGAAAUGGAAGGAACUACUUGUUGUGCUGUGUCUUGCAAUAUCUAAAUUUCAAAAGGCAGUUUUUGUCUUAACUGGCACACUUUCCUGCUGUUAUUCCCUCAGCUGUUUAUACAGGAUUGGAUUUAAAGCACCAUAGAACCACAUCUAUGAGGAUGUUUAAGGACAAUGAAUACCCCCCAAUGUUUCCUUUCCACUAGUAUUGACAUUAACACAUUGCUGACGUACUAAUUUUAUGGAUCCAAAGCCUUCAUCAAAGAAUAGAGGUUCCUGUAAAGUUUAAAUCCCAGUCUUUUCUAGACCAUGAUGCGAGUGGGUGCACACACACACAUACACAGGAUGCAUGCUAAUGCUGUCUGUUUGGACAAGGUUUCAUGUGAUUCUGGUCUUGGUCUCUGAUUUUGGGAGGAGGCCUGUUGGGACCAAAGUACAUGUGCCUUUAGUCUGCGGUCUGAUUUGAUCUGUGGUGUCUUCAAACGGAUUAUUUUACUGGUAAAGUCUGUUGAUCUUGUGUUUUUAAACCUGUAGAAACAGAUUGUUUUGUUAAUUAUUUUUAGAUGGAAGUGGACCUCGUCUUCCCAGUCCUCUGUUUGUCUAACGAGCUAAUUCAUCAAGCAGGGAGUUGCACAGAAAGCUUGGUCACUGUUUCCAUUGAGGUCUUCUUCAAAGUGUUUUUUUUAUUUAAUCGUUCUGGUUUUUUUUAUUAAUAUUUUUUUCUUUUUAGGAGAUUGUUGUAAAUUUUUUGCUUUAAGUACCUUUUUUUUGUGGCAAAAUUUCAGAUCAGCCCAAAUUAAACACGUCUUUUCUACCAACGAGCCCAAACGUAUUUGCGUGUGUGUGUUUGUGUGUGUGUGUCCGGUCUCGGUUCAGGUCUCUGCUCUCAUCUGUAUCUUACCUGUCAAUAAAACUUCUCUCACUCUGUUCAGUUCUGUCUCUCUGCUCUCGCUUCUUUCUCUCAACUUUUCCCUCUUUAGCUGUUCUGUCUACAUUUCUGCUGAGACACGAGAGCAGGCUGCUUGUUCCCACCACGAGGUCAGGAACCUUCAGCCUGCAACCCCACAACAGAUUGGGACAGAUUAGAGAAAUCUGUGCUCAAUAAAACUACAAUUUAACCUGUUAAUCAAACACCUGAAAAAUGUAUAUGAAACCUCAAAGGGAUGGUCAGAUUUUUUUAAACUGAUAUUUAUACUGAGCAUUAUUUAUUUAUAGUAAAUUUAUUUUUAUAUCACGCAGAGACAAGCUGAGAAAAAUGGUUGAAAGGGCUCAUGGAUUUUUUUUUUUUUUUACACAACAUUAACUCAUUUACUGUACAUCUUAAAACAAUACUUACCAUACUUGUUUUUAUUUGAAAGACAUUUUUUUCACUUUCAGUUGAGACCAAUUCACUUGAGUUUUUUUACACCUUGGUCUGUUCUGUGAUCAUAUUUUUUAAUGAUUAUAACUCCCCUUUUCGAAUAUUCAUAGGGGCCUGUGAUUUUAUGUUUUAGGUCAGACCAAAUUGAGCCACGGCACAUAUGGACCGUAAACCAAAACACUUUAAAACUACAGCAUAACAUGCAGUAAGACAUUCUGUGUUUUCUCUGCUGUGACCCGUCACUGGUACCAAAGAAACAGGCUCGCUGCCUUUUUUACACUAUGUAUGAAGUUUAUUGCUGGCCAACAAGAUUGCUGGAAGGUUGGCAAGGUUAAUGGUUUCAUAAGGAUGGCAGCCGCCUUGUACAGUGCUCUCAUAUAUAAUUACAAUGACGUGAUGAUGGGAGAAAAAUGCUUUUUUUU